UUGACAAUAUUUCGAAAACGGUUUUGAAGAAACCGUCUUUGAAUGAUACAAAACAAAAACGGUUUUGGAAGAUUUUGGAAAGACCGUCUUUUCUGUGUAAUUUAAAAUUCACACGCGUGACUCCUCAGUUCGCUCCCCCCCCUCUUUCCAAUCUCUCUCAUAUUCCCAAUGUAUUUUCUCCUUCCCUAGGCUUUGGAGAAGACGUACACGUCCACAUUUGUGAAACAACUUCUUCAUAUUCACCUUGGUUAUGCAGUUCAUACAGAGUCGCGUGGAGCCGUGGAUGAAGGACCAGCGGGCGCAGCUGCCAAGGCUGAAGAAGAAGGUGUCGGAUGAAGUGGCCGUGGGCGUCGCACCGCGAGCACAAGAAGCGGAUCCAAGAAGAGUACCAGUGCCUUCGGAACCUCUGCCUCGCCCUCAAGGCGGAAUCCUUCUGCGAUUUGCAGGACCUUCUCUACUUUAUGGUGCUCUCCAAGUGCCUGUACAAGAUGAUGCUGGCUCAAUAGACAUAAAUGGAACACUUUUCUUCCUCCAACAAGCCCAUUGGCACUGGCCUGCCGAACAUACCAUCAAUUGCCGGAGGUUAAUUUCCCCUAAGGAAUCCUGUGAAUCAAGCACUGGCAUCGAUGCAUCGUUGUCGGAUUUCAAGGCCAUUAUUCAAUUUCAUUUAUUCCAUUUCCCGCCAAAGCGAAGCAAGAGUAACCUUUCUCAAACUAAGAAUUCAGCAUUUGUUAUUAAUAAAAAUAAAAUAUGUGGAGUUUUUCUUUUUUUUGAGAUAAAAUAUGUGGAGUUAUAAACUCAUAAUUCAAAAUUAUCUGUUUGCAUCAAUAAAUCAAUAGCUUGACACGUGACAUUGCACAAAAUUAUUGAGGUAAAAAAUAAAAAGAAAUAUUUAUCAUGUUAAUAUUGAUUAUUGAUGAUAGUAUGAAAAUACAUCAU